AUGUCUAAAAGCAAACAGUGCGAGGCGGUGAGGGUGGUGGUCCGCUGCCGGCCAUUCAGCAGGAGAGAGGAGAAAGCGGAGUGUGAAAACAUCCUGGGGAUCGAUGGCAAACUGGGACAGAUCACCAUCAGGAACCCGAAGGCACCACCUGAUGAUCCCAUGAAAGUGUUCACGUUUGAUUCCGUGUAUGGCUGGGAUUCAAAGCAAAACGACAUCUACGAUGAUGCGGUGAGACCUCUGGUGGAGUCCGUGCUCCAGGGCUUCAACGGGACCAUAUUCGCCUACGGCCAAACCGGGACGGGCAAAACGCACACCAUGCAGGGGGUUUCAAACGACCCAGACAUGCGAGGGGUCAUACCGAAUUCAUUUCAGCACAUUUUCACGCAAAUAUCCAGAACUCAGAAUCAGAAAUACCUGGUGAGGUCAUCCUACCUGGAGAUCUACCAGGAGGAAAUCAGAGACCUGCUGUGCAAAGACAACAACAAGAAACUGGAUCUGAAAGAGAAUCCGGACUGUGGUGUGUACGUGAAAGACCUGUCCUCAGUGGUGACGAAGAACGCCACAGAGAUCGAGCAUGUGAUGAGCAUCGGGAACCAGUCCAGGUCCGUGGGCUUCACCAACAUGAACGAGCGCAGCUCUCGCUCUCAUGCCAUUUUCGUCAUAACGGUGGAGUGCAGCGAAGAGGGGCCAGAUGGCCAGGACCACAUCCGCGUCGGGAAGCUGAACAUGGUCGACCUGGCUGGCAGCGAGCGCCAGAGCAAGACGGGUGCUAAAGGGAAGCGACUGAAGGAGGCAGCCAAGAUCAACCUGUCCCUCUCCGCGCUGGGGAAUGUCAUUUCCGCUCUGGUGGACGGGAAGAGCACCCACGUCCCGUACAGGGACUCCAAGCUGACGCGCUUGCUCCAGGACUCGCUGGGUGGCAACGCAAAGACAGUGAUGAUAGCAACAGUGGGGCCAUCGCACAAGAACUUCGACGAGUCCCUGGCCACGCUGAGGUACGCCAGCAGGGCCAAGAACAUAAAGAACAAACCCCGGAUUAACGAGGACCCCAAAGAUGCCCUGCUGAGGGAGUUUCAGGAGGAGAUCGCGCGCUUGAAGGCGCAGCUGGAGGAGCGAGGGAUGCUCGCGAAGGAGCGGAGGAGGAGGAGGAGCAGCAAAAGACUGAGCAAAAGCAUGGCCGGCAUGGAGGAGGAGAUGCUCAGAGAGAGGGAUGCGGAUGUGUGGAAGGCUCUGGAGGAGGAACAAGAGGUGAGGCAUCACAGGAGAGAGGGAGGUGACAUCCCCAGGGUCCCGGCCUGCCAGGGAGGCGGCGAGAAGUUAAAGCACCUGAAUGAAAACAGAAAAAGUGUGGAGGACAUGCAGUGGGAUCAGGAUGCUCUGGAGAAGAUCAUUGAGAAAUAUAAGGCCAUGGAGAGCAAACUGUUAGUUGGAGGAAAGACCAUAAUUGAUCACACCAAUGAGCAACAAAAAAUGCUGGAGCUGAAGAGGCAAGAAAUUGCAGAACAGAUAAGACGAGAGAGAGAGAUCCAGCAGCAGAUGAUGCUGCAGGAUGAGGAGACUUUAGAAAUGAGGGAGACGUUCUCCUCCCUGCAGCAGGAGGUGGAACUUAAGACAAAGAAGCUCAAAAGGCUGUACGCCAAACUACAGCUGGUGAAGGCAGAGAUGAGAGACGUCAUCGCUGAACACAUCACAACCAGACAGGAGCUUGAACAGACGCAGACUGAACUGACCAGAGAGCUCAAGUACAAAUAUCUUUUGAUUGAGAACUUUAUACCUCCAGAGGAAAAGAACAAGAUCAUGAACAGGCUGCACUUUGACAGUGAGGAGGAUCAAUGGAGACUCCAGCCUGUCCUUCCAGAGAGUGCACCCACUCAGGUCAAGAGGAGGCCUCUCUCAGCUGUGGGAUACAAGAGGCCAAUCAGCCAAUAUGCACAGAUGGCUGUUGCCACAGCAACCGGGGCCCCAUGUAGAUACCAGGCUGAGAAUGUAAUGCUGUUGGAGUUAGACAUGUCUCCACCAACCAUGUUCACCUUGAACCUCAAUGGCGCUCACCUGGAGAGAGCCUUUUCUCCCAGUCUGAUGCGGGACCUUCUUGUCAACGUUCCCGUUGUUAGAGAGAGGACCAGUGGGUCGUCACGGGUCAGGAAAUCCAAAUCCUGGUAUCAAGCACCACAAGCGGCAUCUGUCACAUCAUCCUCAUCAUCCACCACUCUGACGUCAGAAUAUCAGAGUUUCUCUCCUUCCCAGAGACAAAGGCCAUCUUCUGCUGCCUACCUUCCACCGGGUGGUCCAGUUCAGACAAGCCCCUGA